CCUAGCGACCGCGGACGCGUUCCGGUCCACCCGGAAGUGUGCGUGGCCUUAAAGCAAUGGCGACACCCAGGGAAAAAUCCUCUCCCGCGUGCUGUUUUGGUCCUCCUCUUGUCGCGUUGUUGUUGUUUCCCGCCGUUUUCAUUCUUGUCUCGGGAUCCGAAAGCGACGACGCGUUUCGAGCCGGAACUUCCGGUUUGUCGGCGUCUGCGGCUGCAGCGCGAGACGUCCGCUACCUGCUGUAUGACGUGAACCCGCCCGAGGGCUUUAACCUGCGGCGGGAUGUGUACAUCCGCGUGGCGUCGCUGCUGAAGACUCUGAGGCGACAGGGCGACUGGGUGCUGGUUCUGCCCCCCUGGGGUCGCCUGUACCACUGGCAGAGUCCCGACAUGCACCAGGUGCGGAUCCCGUGGGCCGAGUUCUUCAGCAUCGACAGCCUGCAGGCCAACAUUCCUGUCAUCGAGUACGAAGAGUUCGUCGCAGAGUCAGGGGGGCCCUUUAUAGAUCAGGUGUUGGUGCUGCAGAACUAUGCAGAAGGCUGGAAAGAGGGAACGUGGGAGGAGAAGGUGGAUGAGCGUCCAUGCAUCGAUCGCCUCAUGUACAAUAAAGACAAUCAGGGAUACUACAGAGGCUGGUUCUGGGGUUACGAGGAGACUCGGGCUCUCAAUGUGACCUGUCUGUCUGCUCAGGGACACGCCUCCGUUCUGGCACCUUACCUACAGGAGAACGUCACAGCCACCUCAGUGAUGUUAGACAGAGCUGAAACCGUCCUCCAUGAUCAUUAUGCAGGAAAAGAUUACUGGAACACGCGACGCAGUAUGGUGUUCGCCAAACACUUGCGUGUUCUUGGAGACCAGUUUAGAGCAAAAUACCUCAAUUCCACUGAUGAGCAGGAUCACACACCCUACAAUGAGGAUUGGACACAAAUGAGGGCCAAGUUGGGUAGUGCUAAAGGAGGCCCAUACCUGGGCGUACACCUCCGGAGGAAGGACUUUAUCUGGGGUCAUCGGGAGGACGUACCGAGCCUGAAGGGAGCCGUGAAGAAAAUCCGCAGCCUCAUGAAGAAGCACAAGCUGGAGAAAGUGUUUAUAGCUACUGAUGCUGAUGAUGAAGAGGUGCUGAAGCUGAAGAAGCUGCUUUCGGAGAUGGUGAGGUACGAGCCGAGCCGAGAAGAGCUGGAGUUGCUGAAAGACGGAGGAGUCGCCAUUAUAGACCAGUGGAUCUGUGCACACGCCCGGUACUUCAUCGGGACCUCGGUUUCAACUUUCUCCUUCCGCAUCCAUGAGGAGAGAGAGAUCCUGGGCUUUGACCCUAAAACCACCUAUAACCGCUUCUGCGGCGAUGCGGAGAAAGACUGCGAACAGCCGACGCACUGGAAAAUAGUCUACUGAGCCGAUUUAAAAAAACAAACAAACGAACUCGGACUCCUCGUUAUUACAGGAACAGAAUUACACACAAGAGAAAGCACGACUGCCUCUACAGUGUCUGUGGCUCUCUAGCAUUCAGUGUUAAGCCAUAAAGUGUUUUAUGAUAUCCAGAACUAUUGGCAUCCUUCAUAAAAAUGAGCACAAAAUGACGCAAUGCCAGUUGUUCGUUGUCAGUUGAUCAGUUCUUUGAUUACACACACACAUAGGUACAUGUGUGUUACUUAUAGAUAAGGUCAAAGGUAUUUCAAAAUAUUGGCACCCCUAUGUGAAAAUCUCCACAUCGACCUUGUUAUUGUAAUGAUUUUUGUUGUGUAGCAUUUAAACAGUAGACAUUGUCCCAAUGCAGAUUUAUAUGUAAAUAUAGAAAUUCAAUAAAUAAAUUUUACAAUUAUAAAUUUAUCCCUUAUGAAUUAGAACAGUAGGGUUAAAAAAAAGACUGAUCCAUCCACGGGUGUUUACAAUAACGAGCAUCAAAGUGACCGACCAUUAAUUUUAUAUACACAACAGUAAUUUUACCAAGUGAGACUUCCUCAUAUCUAUGCAAAUUAAUAGCAAAACAGUAAAGAGACAGACCCAAAUGAUUUGGCUUAAAUAAUUCUCUGAUCAAUUUUACUCUACUCACAAAUUUAGUUCCUACCUGCAAUAAAUUCCUAUUUACUGUUCGGUACAAAAAUAAAUACCACCUAUCAUUAAUUUCUAUUCUAGUAUAAGAACAUUAGGAAGUAGAAUAAUUCUUGGACGGAUGUAGCAGAGAACAUUCAUGCAUGUUAUGAGUGUGUGUAGUUAGUACAGCUAGCUGGCUUUGCUUAUCUUAUCGGAGAAUAAAACUAGUUUAAAGCGUAAAUAUGUAGGAAGUAAACUCUGAUUCUUUCAUGCUUCAGUACAUGGCUGCUUCUGCCAGGAGGUUAUGACUUGACUAUAGAUUGAAAAAUUGCAACAGCCGUAAAAUUCUAAAUCAGCACAUACACCUUGUCAUUUAAUUUUUUUUUAAAGGUGUACUUUGUGA